UGACUUCAUUCGUGCCAUCUGAUCAAGCUCAAAGGAAUGCACCCUGUAGCCGGUCUGCUGAUUUGACGCUUUCGAUAUCGAUGGCCGACCCUCGUGUCAGAAGCCGCCUUUCGGAUGGUGCCAGGUUCUAGAGUGCGGAAUGGAAACGGUAACCAUGGUGACUCUGGAAGGAGUGCAGACGUUGUUGAAGGCGGUGCCGCCCGUGGUGGCCUUUUCGGUGCAGGAGUCCUCCGGAGGCAGGGCCGUGGUCUUCGCUUCGCCUCUGGGCGAGCGAGCGCUGGGGAACGGGGACUCCGGUUGGUCUCCUGGACCGCCGCACCGAGCAGUCGAUGACCCGUGUGGGGACAGACUCCUGGGGCAGCGGGAUAGAGGCGUGGUCGGAGACCCCAGUGAGAGUGACGACAUAGCCCUUUUGCGGGGGUGUGUAGACGUCCCGUACCAUAUCGCUGCUCUACUGGAGGAGCCUGUUGAUUUGGGUCCGGUCUCCACCUCACUGGGCUUCGCUGAGGAGGAGCCAGGCAAGGCUUCUACUCCAAAGAAUUCGCAGAGGAACCUGGGAAAUAUUCCCGCCUUGUGCGAUUCCCGGGAAGGGCUGCGCUGCGACCGGAACGUUGUUGGCACAGGCCUGGAGGCGCAGGGCACUGCUUGCGCAGGUGCAGCGGAUUCCACUGAAGAGCCGGGCCCCGUCCCGACCCUGCCCCAUCCUCCCAGGGAGGGUGGCAUUGCACCUGCAACUCCCUGCCACCAGGGGGAGCCGGACCUCGGUGUGGAUCUUUCAGAGCGCGCUGAGGAACUCUGUGGUGGGGUUGCCCUCCGGGGGCACACGGGGCCACCUGGUCCCGUCCCGUCGGUGGUGGUCGGCUACGAGCUGCCCCGCAUCGUGAAGCACAAGCCCAGCUCCAUCGCCUUCUCUGACUACCCCGCGCCCCGCUGCGCCCGUCUCUGUGUUUCGGAGGGCCCGAGCGGAGCGGGCUCUUCCUCCGAGGAUGAUGACGAUGACGAUGACGACGUGUUCCCGGAGCUGCCGCAGUGCAGGGGGUUCCUGGCGGGACGGCGGAGGAGGGGCGAGCUGAAGGGGAACGGGAUGGGGACGGGGCGGGACGCUCCCGUCGACCACGGCUCGGUCUGUAAUGGCGGCUGUCGGGCAGAGAGCGAGUCCAGCUGCAGGGAGGAGCCUCCGCAGAUCCUCCCGCCCUGGUCCGCGUCCAUGACUCAGCUGAUGAAGAAGCUGGACCAGCUCAACCUAGACAUCGAGGAGGCCCUGAGCUCUGGCUCCUCCCCCUCCCACACGCCCGGCGUCUCCCGCAAGCGACCGCCUGAGGCUGCUCCGGCGACGGCGGCGGCUGAUCCAGCGCUGAAGGGGAGCAGCGCGCUCGCGAACCCGGACCCGGAAGAAUGCGGAGACCCGGAUAGCUCCCCGUCUCCGAACCGCACCGCCGCGGGAACACCGGCCAGUCCCAGAAAGACGGAGGUGGCGGCGAAGAUGAACAACGAACGCGCAGAGAUCGAGGCGAAGGAGGCGUGUGAUUGGUUGAGGGCGGCAGGCUUCCCCCAGUACGCUCAGCUCUACGAAGAUUCGCAGUUUCCCAUCGACAUAUCUCCCGUGAAGAAGGACCAUGACUUUCUUGACAAGGACCUUGUCGAGCCUCUGUGCCGGCGGCUCAACACCUUGAACAAGUGCGCCUCUAUGAAACUUGACCUGAAUCUUCCGAAAAAGAAGAGCGAAGAUUCAGAUGAGGAAGACCUGCUCGCCAUCAGCGACAAAUGGACCUUUGAGUGGAGCAGCCGGCGCUGGUCCAGGCUGCAGGACAUCGACUGCUUCCUGGGUCAGGUGGAGGGCCAGGGCCCGGCGGGCGGGGUCACCCUGAGGAACACGCCCAGCAGCGAGAGCGUGCUGACGGACCUGAGCGAGCCGGAGGUCUCCUCGCUGCACAGCGAGAGCAGCAGCGGCGGGGGCCGGUCCGACUCGGCCGCCAUGCCGGACUCCACCCCCCUCGCCCCGCCGCCGUCGCCGCCGCAGUACGGCUCGCUGCCCGCCAAGAACGGGCGGCACGGGCGCACGCGCGCCAAGGACUUCCUGCGGCGCAUGGAGGCGCUGCGUUCGCGGGUCCCGGCCGGGCGGGGGGGGGGGCGGCGCUCGCUGGUCAUCAGCGGGCCCGUCCUGCAGCAGGAGCCCCCCCCCACGCUCCGGACGCUGCGCUGCGUGGACAUCGUCAACGGCGGGCCGGCGGGGACGGACUCCGCCCCCGACGACGGAGGCCCCGCCUCCCGGUCCGGCAGCGACGGGGGCAGCGAGGGGAGCGCGCCCGGCCCGAAGGACCGCAGGGCGCUGCGGGCGCUGCACAAGCGCAGCGGCAUGUACCUGGAGGACCUGGACGUGUUCGGCGAGGGAGGGGGCGGGGUCGGGGGCGGGGGCGGGGACGGGGGCGGGGACAUCUUCGCCCAGGGCAGGAACGUGGCCGAGCACAACCGCAGGAAUGAGUUCCGCUCGUACGAGGACCUGGUGGUGCACGUGCCCAAGGACCACAAGCCCGGAACCUUCCCCAAGGCCCUGUCCAUCGAGAGCCUGUCGCCCACCAGCGGCGCCUCCGUCAACUGGCACACGGGCAGCGUGUGCCUGGACUCCCGACGCCCGCCCAGCCUCCGCGAGCCGCGCCCCCCCCCCGCCCAGUGCUGCCCGCGGGGCAGCCGCAUCAGCGUCUACGACAACGUGCCCGGGUCGCACCUCUACGCCAGCACCGGCGACCUCAUGGACCUGGAGAAGGAGGACCUCUUCCCCCACCUGGACGACAUCCUGCAGCACGUCAACGGGCUGCAGCAGAUCGUGGACCACUGGUCCAAAAAUGUGCUGCCGGAGGGUGAGGGGGAGGGGGAGGGAGACGGUGAGGGGGAUGGCGAGGGGGAUGGCGAGGGCGAGGGGGAGGGGCUCACCUUGCAGUCCUCCAGUCAGAUCACGCUGGACUUCGAGGGGAACUCGGUCCUGGAGGGACAGACCACGCCCAGCGACGGGGACCGGGACGGGGUGUCCCUAAACGAGACGGACUCCAGCGGGAUGAGGGACAGGAGAGACUCGGGGGUCGGAGCCUCCCUCACGCGGCCAAACCGGCUACGGUGGCCCAGCUUCCAGAUGUCCAAUCGCCUCAGCCACUCAGUGGUCUCCCUGCAGAUCACCAACCAAUCAGCCGGCCAGCUCAGCCUGCUGCAGAAGUUCUCUCUGCUCCGCCUCACCGCCAUCAUGGAGAAGUACUCCAUGUCCAACAAGCACGGCUGGACCUGGUCCGUGCCAAAGUUCAUGAAGAGGAUGAAGGUGCCGGACUACAAGGACAAGAACGUUUUUGGCGUGCCCCUCAUCGUGCACGUCCAGCGCUCGGGCCAGCCCCUCCCGCUCAGCCUGCAGCAGGCCCUGCGGUACCUCCGCAGCCAGUGUCUGGACCAGGUGGGGCUGUUCCGGAAGUCGGGGGUGAAGUCCCGGAUCCAGGCGCUGCGGCAGAUGAACGAGAGCUCGCCGGACAACGUGGCCUACGAGGACCAGUCUGCGUACGACGUGGCCGACAUGGUGAAGCAGUUCUUCAGAGACCUGCCCGAGCCCCUGCUCACCAGCAAGCUGGGGGAGACCUUCCUUCACAUCUACCAAUACGUUCCUAAGGACCAGCGGCUGCAGGCGGUGCAGGCCGCCAUCAUGCUGAUGUCCGACGAGAACAGGGAGGUGCUGCAGACCCUGCUCUGCUUCCUGAGCGAUGUCACCUCCUCCGUGGAGGAGAACCAGAUGACGCCCAUGAACAUCGCCGUGUGCCUGGCGCCGUCGCUCUUCCACCUCAACAUCCUGAAGAAGGACAACCUGUCGCCACGGGCCAUGCAAAAGAAGUACGCCACGGGCCGGCCUGAUCAAAAAGACCUGAAUGAGAACCUGGCGGCAACACAGGGGCUGGCCCACAUGAUCAGCGAAUGCAACCGGCUCUUUGAGAUCCCUCACGAGAUGGUGACGCAGUCGCGGAACUCGUACGUGGACGCGGACCUGCACCCGCCCACGCUGGAGGAGCUGUGCAAGCAGCUGGAGGAGGACGACGGGUCCUACCUCACCCACACGGACGGGCUGGUCCAGGGCCUGCUGAAGGAGGCCCGGGACAGGUCCAAGGGCUGGGUGUCCCGCCCCAGCACCGACAGCACCGAGCUGUCCUACAAGAAGGUGGGUGACGGGAACCCCCUGCGGCGCUGGCGGGUUUCGGUGGAGGUGGAGGCCCCGCCCUCGGUGGUGCUGAACCGCGUGCUGCGAGAGCGCCACCUGUGGGACGUGGACCUGCUGCAGUGGAAGGUUCUGGAAACGCUGGACAAGCAGACGGAGGUGUACCAGUACGUCCUCAACCGCAUGCCCCCCCACCCCAGCCGCGACUUUGUGGUGCUCAGGUCGUGGCGGACGGACCUGCCCAAAGGCACGUGUGCGCUGGUGUCCGUCUCGGUGGACCACGAGGAGUCUCCGCCCCUGGGCGGGGUCCGGGCGGUGGUGCUGGAGUCCCAGUACCUCCUGGAGCCGUGCGGCUCGGGGAAGUCUCGGCUCACACACAUCUGCAGGGUGGACCUCAAAGGGAGGACUCCAGAGUGGUACAAUAAGGCCUUCGGUCACCUGUGUGCUGCUGAAGUAGCAAGAAUCCGGAACUCCUUCCAUCCACUGACCUCAGAGGGUCCAGAGACCAAAAUCUGAGCCCGUCCCCCCCUCCCCCUCCACUCCCCCCCACACACCCC